AUGAUUGGCCAAUACAAUGCCAAAUCAGCAAUAGUAGCAACCAGAUCAGUAACAGUAGCAGCAACUGCAGCAGCAGAAUCUGCAAUACAAACAGUAGCAGUAAGAACACCAACAGAAAGUACUAGUAUAAAUAGAAUCUAA